AUUUACAGGUUCAAAUUGAACAGAAUUUUUUUUUAACCAAAGUAUUUAAGAUUUGGCUAAUUUCCGGAUUUGCAAAGUUUUCGCCAGGAUAAGUAUGUCAUUAAAUUUGUACAAACAAGCUACUCCAAAAUUGCUUUCCAUGCGACACUUACAAACACAGAGAAAACGAAGUCUUUCAACUUUUAUAAAACGGAAUGGAAAAUUGUUGUGUGGAACAACGGCAGUAGUUGUGGGUGCAGCAUGUGCAACAGGCUUCUUGCUACAUCAGUGUGCCAAAGCAUCUGAUGAUGAGCUUCACACCCCACACUAUCCGUGGCAACAUCGUCCUAUUCUUAAAACACUGGAUGCUGCCAGUGUCAGGAGAGGUUAUGAGGUCUACAGACAAGUAUGUGCAGCUUGUCACAGCAUGGAGUAUCUUGCAUUUCGUAACUUAGUUGGUGUCUCGCACACAGAAGAAGAGGCGAAGGCACUUGCUGCUCAGGCACAAAUUCUGGAUGGGCCAAAUGAGUUAGGAAAAAUGUUUAAAAGACCAGGAAGGCUGUCAGAUUAUUUUCCAAAGCCAUAUGCCAAUGAUGAUGAAGCUCGAGCAGCAAAUAAUGGCGCACUUCCACCAGAUCUUAGCUUUAUUGUUUUAGGUCGUCAUGGUGAAGAAGAUUACAUUUACUCUCUGCUCACUGGAUAUUACGACCCGCCAGCUGGUGUUACAAUUGGAGAAGAUCAACAUUAUAAUGCCUACUUUCCUGGUCAGGCAAUAGGAAUGGCUCAAGCUCUGUAUAACGAGAUUAUUGAAUAUGAAGAUGGAACACCAGCAGUUCAAAGCCAACUUGCGAAAGAUGUUAGUACAUUUCUACGUUGGGCAGCAGAACCCCAUCAUGAUACAAGAAAAUUGUCUGGUUUUCGGGUUGCCUGCUUUGGUCUACUUUUCCUCCCCCUUUUCUGGUUCCAGAAAAAACGUAUUUUUAGCUUGGUUAAGAGCAAGAAAAUCGCAUUCAAAGGUUAAAACUUUUUAAGAACAUAUAGAUUAACUUAUGGAACAGUUCAAUUUUUCUUUUAUGCCAACAUUAUAGUUAUUAAAGUUCACUGGUUCUAAAACUUUUAAAUAUUUAAAUUCGAACCUGUGUUACAAACAUGGUGCGUGAGUGUUCAAAUUGUUGAAAUGUAUGGAGUUAAUUUAUAUGUGAAAUGUAUGUUAAUUGGCACAAUAUAAAAUAUUUUAAAGUUGAUUCAUUGUAAUUGUCAGUUGGUAUUUUUCAUUUAG